AGGAACUAAACAAUGGCAACACUAUUGGUAAGCAGUCUCGAUGCUACAAAGAAGUAACUAGAUAACCGUUUACGGCUGGAAAAGAAAUAAAUAAAAAAUGUGGGCAAUUUAAAAAAGAAAAAUUCUGAAACUCAACAAAUAUAAAAUAAGAAUAAGCUUAAAAGGAACAAACUUGAAAGUUCCAAGUGGAAACAACCCUGCAAACGAGGGCUUCCAACUUUAACGGCUCUACUGGGUCUUCCCGUAGAACCUCUGUUGAACCUUACCUCUCACAGUUUCCCCGAAAUGCUCUUAUUAAACCUCCAAAUUCACCGUUCACUCUCUUCCCUCUCAUCUCCCGCCGAUGCCCUCCUCGCAGACAAAGCCCUAACUUUCCUCAAGCGCCACCCUUACCGCUUAAAUGCCCUCACUUCCAAUUUCACUCCUGAAGCGGCUCUCUGUUUGCUUCUCAAGUCCCAAAACGAUCAAACCCUAAUCCUGAAAUUCUUAAAAUGGGCUCGACCCCACCCGUUCUUCACCCCUCAGUGCAAAUGCCUCACUCUCCACAUCCUUACCAAAUUCAAGCUCUACAAAUCAGCACAAUCCCUAGCAGAGGACGUUGCCGUUAAUACGUCCGAUGAUGAAAAGGGUAGUUUCGUCUUUCAAUGCCUCAAGGAAACCUACCAUUCGUCUGCUUCAAGCUCCUCUGUUUUUGACUUGGUGGUAAAAUCUUAUGCCCAUUUGAAAUUGAUUGUUAAGGCUCUUAAUAUUGUUAAUUUAGCUAAAUUUAAUGGUUUUAUGCCUGGGGUUUUAUCUUAUAAUGCUAUUUUAGACGCGGUGAUUAGGUGUAAAAAGCCGGUUAGAUUUGCUGAGGAGGUUUUUGCUGAGAUGAUUAGAAAUGGGGUAACACCAAAUGUUUUUACUUAUAACAUUUUGAUUAGGGGUUUUUGCACGGCGGGGAAUUUAUAUAUGGGUAUGAGGUUUUUCAGUGAAAUGGAGAGAAAGGGUUGUUUGCCUAAUGUGGUUACUUAUAAUACCUUAAUUGAUGCACAUUGUAAGUUGAAGAAGAUUGAUAAUGCAUUUAAGUUGUUGAGGGCAAUGGGAUUGAAGGGUUUGGAGCCAAAUUUGAUUUCUUAUAAUGUGAUUAUCAAUGGGUUGUGUAGAGAAGGUAGGAUGAAGGAAACAAGUGAGGUACUACAGGAGAUGAGUUGGAAAGGUUUCUCUCCGGAUGAGAUCACUUAUAAUACACUUGUAAAUGGGUAUUGUAAAGAUGGCAAUUUUCAUCAAGCGCUGGUUUUGCAUGCAGAGAUGGUGAGGAAUGGCUUGACUCCAAAUGUCAUUACUUAUACUUCAUUGAUUCAUAGUAUGUGCAAGGCUGGGAAUAUGAACAGAGCAAUGGAGUUUUUUGAUCAGAUGCAUGUUAGAGGACUUCGUCCAAAUGAGAGAACAUAUACUACUUUGAUUGAUGGGUUCUCCCAGCAAGGACAUUUAAAUGAAGCUUAUCGGUUACUAGAUGAAAUGGGUAGGAAUGGAUUUUCACCUUCGCUAGUUACUUAUAAUACUCUUAUUAAUGGACACUGUAUGCUUGGAAGCAUAGAAGAGGGUUUAAAAUUGAUACAGGAUAUGGUGGGAAAAGGAUUGGCUCCAGAUUUAGUAAGUUAUAGUACAAUUAUUUCUGGAUUUUGUAAAACCCAGGAUUUGGAGAGGGCAUUCCGAAUGAAGCAGGAGAUGGUUGAGAAAGGAUUUUCACCAGAUGCAAUUACAUAUUCAUCAUUGACUCAAGGUCUGUGUCAGCAGAGUAGACUUACUGAAGCUUGUGAUCUUUUCCAGGAGAUGCUGAAUGCUGGUGUCACUCCUGAUGAAUUUACAUAUACUACCUUAAUUAAUUCUUAUUGCAAAGAAGGGGAUAUACAGAAGGCUUUUCUUUUGCAUGAUGAAAUGGUUCGGAAGGGCUUACUUCCUGAUGUUGUUACCUAUAGCGUGCUCAUCAAUGGUCUCAAUAAACAAGCUAGGACAAGGGAAGCAAAAAAGCUUUUGCUCAAGUUGUUUUAUGAUGAGUCUGUCCCAAGUGAUGUCAUGUAUGAUACGCUGAUAGAGAACUGUAGUAAUAUUGAAUUUAAAAGUGUUUUAGCUCUUAUGAAGGGAUUUUGUAUGAAUGGUUUGAUGAAUGAAGCUGAUCGAGUUUUUGAGUCGAUGCUUCAGAGAAACUAUAAGCCUGAUGAAGCUGUAUAUAAUGUUAUUAUACAUGGUCAUUGUAGAGGUGGAAACAUUCAGAAGGCAUACAAUCUGUAUAAAGAAAUGGUGAAUUCAGGUUUUGUUCCUCAUACUGUGACUGUUAUUGCUCUGGUUAAAGCGCUAUUCAUGGAUGGUAAGACUGACGAGAUAAGUCAAGUCAUAGCAAACACAAUUAGAAGCUGUAAGCUUAUUGAUGCUGAGCUUGCUAAAGUACUUGUUGAGAUAAACCACAAAGAAGGGAACAUGGAUGCAGCUUUCAAUGUCCUUACUGAAAUGGCCAAGGAUGGCCUUCUUCCAAACAGUGGCUGAACUGCAUAUGCUGGGGAAGGAUGGGCAGAAUGAAGUAUAAAUCGAUGUGCCCUUGAUAAAUGGUAAUGACCAUGCACGUUAUUCAUAUUACACAGAGGGCAUUAUGUAGGAAGCAGGCUGAAUGGCAUAGCUUUCCUGGUUUCAGCAAUCUUCAAAUAUGAAGGAGGCUUAUCAUGUGGGACUUUACAUAUCUGUUACUGCUAGCAACUCAAGAGUGGCACACUAUGUAUGGACGUCCACAACAACUCUACAAGCUAUUCUUGAAGCCCCUUUGGGAAGAUUGAUUCUGUUGUUACGUCAAUUUGACCAAGGUUAUUAUUAAGUUGACAAAGAAGAUACGUACAACAAAUGGGAGACUUUGGUUAAUGAUAACUAAUCGCCUCAUCCUUUCAGAAGGGUUCCUAAACCAUGAGAUGAAGCCAGGGGUUUCUUAAAGGAACUGCUGAUUUUCUGGCAAAUCUAUUCUUUAAAUGGAAAAAUAUUUACGGUUCUUCAACAAGGCACGAAGGACACUCUUCCCAUGGAAUCCAGUAUAUUGGUGCUGAACGUUUAAACUUUUUGUCUGCAGUCUGCACUAAUCCCGUGGCACUUGUAAUUUGUUAAGUGCUUACACAUUCAUUUAUCGUUGGCUAGAUUUAUUGAAGCUUUUAUAUUUUGCCUUUUCUUUCUUUAACUUGAAUUCUUCAUUCAAGUUUCUUCAUAUUUCAGUUUUACCAAAAUGAAUAUCACCUUACAUGAAUGAACAAGAUUUCUUUGUAAAGAAACUGUAAUAAAGCAAAGGAGAUGUUUGUUUUGCA